AUGACAAUUGCGAGCCUCCUGCGCGGAGUGACAAGUGCUUUGAUACCAAUCUCACCAUCCGCCACCCUAGCCAUAGUUUUUCUAAUCCUGCAGUCAUGUACCCGCGUCAUUGGACUACGCACUGCCUUUGUGGCGUCUAUGUUCCCCCCAGCAGAACGUACCGCUUUCAUGGGAAUUACUAAUGUUGCGAGGACGUAUAGCCAGAGCAUUGGAACUAUUGUUACUGGAGCAUUAGGUGAAUCGCGCAUGUUUUGGGUGACAUUUGUGCUUUCGGGGUCGAUGUACGCGGCUUAUGGUGUUGGGACACUAGUCCUGUUCACGGGUCGUAAGCCGGGAGAAGGGAGACAGGACGAACAUGAUGAGGAGGGUCGUGGAGAAGAGGACAGUGAAGCGGGAAGGCAACGUCAAGAUAGAUCUUCUGCCUGA